CUUCUUUUAUUUACGUCAUUGUUAUGCGACUACUGGCUUUAAGCUAGCGAAAACGUUAGCUAAAUGGUCGAAAAUACUACCUUCUAUUGUUGGGCUCUAGGCUGUGAGUGACACUGCCAGGGAGGGAUGAGGAUACGGCUGCAGGGCUUAGGCCAUGCCGCCGGCCUCCUCACCGAGCUCAAUCACUGCCGUCUCUCCCGCCUCUUCUGUGAUGUCAUCCUCCAGGUGGGGAACCGCUCCUUCACAGUGCACCGUGCGGUGCUCGCCUGCGCUGGGACACACUUUCGUAGCCUGUUCUCAGGUAGGGGGAAACAGAUCGGAACCUCUGGAGCCGGAGCUAAGACAACGUACUCUCUGGACUUUGUGUCCCCGGCCAACUUUGAGAAGGUGCUGACGUUCAUCUACACCGGAGAGAUCUUCACAGACCUGAUAGAUGUAGGGGUGCUGUAUGAGCUGGCAGAGAGACUGGGGGUGAGAGAGCUGGUGAGAGCCUGUCACACUACCUUCCCUGACCUGCAGCAGCUGGGCUCAGGAUCUGCAGACUGUGUGGCGGAUGGAGACCUGGACUCUGACAUGGUUGCUGCUGCAGCUGGGUCAUCAAUGUGUUCGUCGUCUGCAGCAUCUUGUUCCUCUCUGUCGUCAUCUGCUGGUCCCUCGGCUGCUCCUACCCCGGCGUCAGCACCAUCACCUCUCCCUCUCCCCCAGGGCAGCAGGGUGGCCAGGCUGGGCCGGGGUGGUGGACACACAGCCACUCUGUCCCUGCCUCUCAAAGCAGAGGAUGAGCAGUCUCACCUGGGCUAUGGACAGAUGGCCGAAGACGAACAGAUACAGCUGGCUGGAGAUCAGCAGAGUUCAGGAGGUAGUCUCUCCACUGUAGCUGUUGGGGCCACCCCAGGACUUCUCCUUCCCUUGCAGCUGAAGACUGAGGAGGGUGUGGAGGUGGUGAUGGGAGACAGGGUUGGUAACAGUGAGGAGGAACAGAUGGUAGCUAGUGGGAGUAGAGCUGGUUCUCCAACUCCAUGUGUGUCUGACGCCUGCCCCUUCCCUGACUCGUCAGCCCAGCUGGGAAGGGUGGUCUGUGGGGUAGAGGCUCCCUGUGCCCCCUCCUCCUUUAGAGACCCCCUUAGCUCUGGCCACACAGGGGUGACAGGGGUCAUCUUCGAAGGGGAGGAGAAUGAAGAAGAUAAUGAGGAAAAGAGAGAGCAGCUGCAGGGAGAUGAAGUCACUGACGGAGGAGAGGACCAGUGGAGACCCCUGGCUGAAGAUGUCAUUGAGCUGAGCGAUGACGAGAAUUACAUGGAGGAGGAAGAAGAUGAGGACUUUGUGUGUGUGGAGAAUGGAGCAGUGGUUGGCAGAGAGGGAGUGGACCCUGGCCAGUUGUCAGGUAUGGUGGCGUGUAAAGCCUGUGGGAUGGAAUUGUUAACAGAGUCUGCUGCAUUGGGGGCCCACGCGGAGACCCACCUCACUGAGACAGGGACCUGCAGGGUGUGUGGGGCAUCUUUCCCCGGGGACCGCGGGGCUAGCAUCACCCACGCCCUGUCCCAUGUGGUGUUCUCCUGUGACAUGUGUCAUCUCCAGUUCUGCAGCCAGGCCAAGCUGGUACGCCACAGACGCCAGGCGGCUGCUCGGUACACCCUCCCCAGUCAGCUCCACACCGCCACCCAGGGGCACGAUGGGGAGCUGCAGUGUGCCGUCUGUAACAAAACCCUCACCAAGGAUUUCCAGGUCAUCAGGGAUCACCUGCUGAGUCACGUGUCUAUCCAGUCACUGAGCUGUGGUGUGUGCCUGUUACCCCAGCCCUCCCUGUGUGCCCUGCUGUGGCACGCCCUCACCCACCUCUCCCUGCCAGUCUACUCCUGCCCCCUCUGUGCCUGCGGCUUCCUGGAUCGCCCUCUGCUGGACAGACACAUGGCCCUGCAUGCUGAGGAGGCAGAAACUGACAGAGAGGCCAUGAGGGCUCAUAAAGCAGCCGGGGCAGAGGGAGAAGAGGAGCUUCGUUGCUUCUUAUGCCCACAGACCUUCCGCUCUGGCACAGCCUUCCAGUACCACCUGAGUUUUCACACCAAUGAGACCCAGCCCCAGGGACAGGGCAGUCAGGGGUGGACAGGGAAACGUAAGGCUGACCAGCUGGAGUACUCCUGCUCCUCCUCCUCACCCCUGGAGGCUGGCAGCCUGGGGAAGCUUGGCAACAUGGGCUUAGACCUGGGGAUGGGCUCCUUCCGCCUCUCAGACAAGCUGCUUCAGGGGGCCUUGGCAUCUGGCUUCUCCGCAGGCCUCCUGUCCAAUGGGAACUCCUCUAGCAUGGGUGGGUCGGGCAUGGGCGCCGCUACUCCCCGGGGGAAAUGGUACCGCUGUCGCUUCUGCGGCAAACGCUUCGCCCACUCUGGCGAGUUCACCUACCACCUGCGCAUUCACACUGGGGAGAAGCCGUACCAGUGCAAGGUGUGCCUGAGGUUCUUCCGAGGCCGCUCCACCAUGAUCUGCCACCUGAAGACCCACGCCGGGGCGCUCAUGUACCGCUGCACUGUCUGCGGCCUGUAUUUCUCCACGCUCAAGCUGGUGUCCUCCCACAUGGAGAUCCACAAGGACCACCUGCCUCCAGACUUCAACAUAGAGCAGACCUUCAUGUACAAUGACCACUCCAAAGAACCCCUCCCCGCCCUGGACACCUGAUCAGCUACUCCUCUGGUGUCCUUCUGCCUUCAUCUCGCUUUCACUUUUAUUUCCCACGUCUUUUUUUGUCUUUGAGCUGGUCUGUCAUGCUCCUCCUCUUCUCUCUCUCUUUCUCUCUGCUUGUGAGCCUUAUCUAUAGACUUGUAGAAUGCAUUUAACUUGUUUUAUGUCUGUGUUUGAGAUGGUGUUUUGGAUGGAAGAGACCUGUUUUGUAGCAUAGCGUAAAGGACAUCUUCCUUGGAAGUAGUUUAGCCACUUGAUGGCAGUGUAUGUCUAUGGAAGGACUUAUUACCGUUUACUGUUUGCAAGCUGUCUUCAAGUCAGUUGGAUUUUCGUAAAUUGCAGUCAAACAUUUUCCUAAGUGUACUAUUACUCUGCUUUACAAAAAGUGUUGUUUUUCUGUCAGUUAAGCACCAUGUAUUCAUUUAUAUAUGAAACGCAUGAUGGACCGUCUGUGUCUGUCUGAGUGAAACACCAUAUUUACCACUGUGCACCAAGCGUUAAAGGCCCAGUGCAGUCAAAAACGUGAUAUCCCUGUGUUUUAUAUAUAUUUCCACAUCAUGUUGUUGGAAUAAUACUGUGAAAUUGGGACAAUUAUGGUUGUGAAAAGACGACCUGAAAUUCCAGCCUGUUUUAGUGGGAUGGAGUUUUUGCCUGCCUGGUGACAUCACCAGACGGUAAAUUACUUAAUAGACCAAUAAGAAAAAGUUCCAAACCUCUCUGCCAAUUACUACUACUUUUCAGUGUUCCCCUCAGACAGUCCUAGCAAAGUUAUUGCUUGCAAAAUUGUUCUUUGCUAAGAAGCUAUUUUAGUUUAUUUUUUUACCAUUUUAAUUGAAAAGAAUCACAGUAAGUUACUUCAUUGUUAACCAGAAAUUAUUUGAUAUUUAGAUUUAAAAAAACAGCUGCAUUGGACCAGUAAGUGUACCUGACCAGUCAUACUGUACUUUGCAACCAAUGAAUGUGGCCUUAAUGUAUCAGUUCCCUUGGAAACCAUUUAGGUAUGUUUUCCUCCAAGCAUUUUACUUCUUUAGUGAUAGACUAUUUAUUUAUAAUGCAAACAUGAUACUGUGGUUCAUGUAGACUGUAUGUAUUAGUGAUCAGAUGAUAUGAACAAAACAAACAUGAAACUGUGGUUCAUGUAGACUGUAUGUAUUAGUGAUCAGAUGAUAUGAACAAAACAAACAUGAAACUGUGGUUCAUGUAGACUGUAUGUAUUAGUGAUCAGAUGAUACGAACAAAACAAACAUGAAACUGUGGUUCAUGUAGACUGUAUGUAUUAGUGAUCAGAUGAUACGAACAAAACAAACAUGAAACUGUGGUUCAUGUAGACUGUAUGUAUUAGUGAUCAGAUGAUAUGAACAAAACAAACAUGAAACUGUGGUUCAUGUAGACUGUAUGUAUUAGUGAUCAGAUGAUAUGAACAAAACAAACAUGAAACUGUGGUUCAUGUAGACUGUAUGUAUUAGUGAUCAGAUGAUACGAACAAAACAAACAUGAAACUGUGGUUCAUGUAGACUGUAUGUAUUAGUGAUCAGAUGAUACGAACAAAACAAACAUGAAACUGUGGUUCAUGUAGACUGUAUGUAUUAGUGAUCAGAUGAUAUGAACAAAACAAACAUGAAACUGUGGUUCAUGUAGACUGUAUGUAUUAGUGAUCAGAUGAUAUGAACAAAACAAACAUGAAACUGUGGUUCAUGUAGACUGUAUGUAUUAGUAAUCAGAUGAUAUGAACUAAACAAACGGUGGCUUCCAGCAUUUCAAAAGCACCACAUUAUGCUCUGUAGACUUGCAUACUUUGGAUUUGGUGUUUAAACGUAACUCGUGUUUGUGUUCUAUUUGGUGUCUUACCUCAUUAUGAAACGUUUUAUUCAAUUAAUGCUGUUUUUUAAUUGUAAUUUGUAUGUACUUUUUUAGUGCAAACUAUGAACGUUUUCCAUUAUCUAUACUGAACAAAAAUAUAAAUGCAACAUGUAAAGUGUUGGUCCCAUGAAAUAAAAGUUCCCAGAAAUGUUCCAUACUCACAAAAAGCUUAUUUCUCUCAGAU